AUGCGGAGAGCCCUCCCCCGCUCCCUCCCCGGCCUGUGUCCUGCUGCGCCACGGAGGCAGGCCUCGCCAAGGCCAGCGGCCUCGCCGGCGCCCUCCCCGCUCCCUCCCCGGCCUCUGCCCCGCUGCGCCCCGGAGGCAGGCCUCCGAGGCCAGCGGCCUCGCCGGCGCCCUCCCCGCUCCCUCCCCGGCCUCUGCCCCGCUCCGCCCCGGAGGCAGGCCUCCGAGGCCAGCGGCAUCACCGGCGCCCUCCCCGCUCCCUCCCCGGCCUGUGUCCUGCUGCGCCACGGAGGCAGGCCUCGCCAAGGCCAGCGGCCUCGCUGGCGCCCUCUUCGCUCCCUCCCCGGCCUCUGUCCCGCUGCGCCCCGGAGGCAGGCCUCCGAGGCCAGCGGCCUCGCCGGCGCCCUCCCCGCUCCCUCCCCGGCCUCUGCCCCGCUGCGCCCCGGAGGCAGGCCUCCGAGGCCAGCGGCAUCACCGGCGCCCUCCCCGCCCGCUCCCUCCCCGGCCUCUGCCCCGCUGCGCCCCGGAGGCAGGCCUCCGAGGCCAGCGGCAUCACCGGCGCCCUCCCCGCCCGCUCCCUCCCCGGCCUCUGCCCCGCUGCGCCCCGGAGGCAGGCCUCCGAGGCCAGCGGCAUCACCGGCGCCCUCCCCGCCCGCUCCCUCCCCGGCCUCUGCCCCGCUGCGCCCCGGAGGCAGGCUUCCGAGGCCAGCGGCAUCACCGGCGCCCUCCCCGCUCCCUCCCCGGCCUCUGCCCCGCUGCGCCCCGGAGGCAGGCCUCCGAGGCCAGCGGCAUCACCGGCGCCCUCCCCGCUCCCUCCCCGGCCUCUGUCCCGCUGCGCCCCGGAGGCAGGCCUCCGAGGCCAGCGGCAUCACCGGCGCCCUCCCCGCCCGCUCCCUCCCCGGCCUCUGCCCCGCUGCGCCCCGGAGGCAGGCCUCCGAGGCCAGCGGCAUCACCGGCGCCCUCCCCCGCCCGCUCCCUCCCCGGCCUCUGCCCCGCUGCGCCCCGGAGGCAGGCCUCCGAGGCCAGCGGCAUCACCGGCGCCCUCCCCCGCCCGCUCCCUCCCCGGCCUCUGCCCCGCUGCGCCCCGGAGGCAGGCCUCCGAGGCCAGCGGCAUCACCGGCGCCCUCCCCGCCCGCUCCCUCCCCGGCCUCUGCCCCGCUGCGCCCCGGAGGCAGGCUUCCGAGGCCAGCGGCAUCACCGGCGCCCUCCCCGCCCGCUCCCUCCCCGGCCUCUGCCCCGCUGCGCCCCGGAGGCAGGCCUCCAAGGCCUCGCCAAGGCCAGCGGCAUCACCGGCGCCCUCCCCCGCUCCCUCCCCGGCCUCUGCCCCGCUGCGCCCCGGAGGCAGGCCUCCGAGGCCAGCGGCAUCACCGGCGCCCUCCCCGCUCCCUCCCCGGCCUCUGUCCCGCUGCGCCCCGGAGGCAGGCCUCCGAGGCCAGCGGCAUCACCGGCGCUCUCCCCGCCCGCUCCCUCCCCGGCCUCUGCCCCGCUGCGCCCCGGAGGCAGGCCUCCGAGGCCAGCGGCAUCACCGGCGCCCUCCCCGCCCGCUCCCUCCCCGGCCUCUGCCCCGCUGCGCCCCGGAGGCAGGCCUCCGAGGCCAGCGGCAUCACCGGCGCCCUCCCCGCCCGCUCCCUCCCCGGCCUCUGCCCCGCUGCGCCCCGGAGGCAGGCCUCCGAGGCCAGCGGCAUCACCGGCGCCCUCCCCGCCCGCUCCCUCCCCGGCCUCUGCCCCGCUGCGCCCCGGAGGCAGGCUUCCGAGGCCAGCGGCAUCACCGGCGCCCUCCCCGCCCGCUCCCUCCCCGGCCUCUGCCCCGCUGCGCCCCGGAGGCAGGCCUCCAAGGCCUCGCCAAGGCCAGCGGCCUCGCCGGCGCCCUCCCCCGCUCCCUCCCCGGCCUCUGCCCCGCUGCGCCCCGGAGGCAGGCCUCCAAGGCCUCGCCAAGGCCAGCGGCAUCACCGGCGCCCUCCCCCGCUCCCUCCCCGGCCUCUGCCCCGCUGCGCCCCGGAGGCAGGCCUCCAAGGCCUCGCCAAGGCCAGCGGCAUCACCGGCGCCCUCCCCCGCUCCCUCCCCGGCCUCUGCCCCGCUGCGCCCCGGAGGCAGGCCUCCAAGGCCUCGCCAAGGCCAGCGGCAUCACCGGCGCCCUCCCCCGCUCCCUCCCCGGCCUCUGCCCCGCUGGGCCACGGAGGCUGCCCUCCGAGGCCUCGCCAAGGCCGCCUCCGAGCCGCGAGUCCCCAAUUUACCGUGCCAGGGCUGCGGAGGGGCCCCUGGGCGCUCUGCUCGGUGCGGCCGCGGCCGCCGCCUCCUGCUACUGCAACAAAGGACUUCCGUCCCUGA